UAUCAUUUUAUUGAGAUCGCUCGACACGAGCGGAGGAAAUUGACGAAAAAAAUGGCUGACACGCAAUAUGUGAACAUAAAGGAAUGACAUUAUUUGCGUGGAAAAUCGUUAAAACAACUUAACCAAAUUCAAAAACGAUGGCGGAGUUGCUAUCUGUCCACGUUCAUAUACCAUUGAAAGAUGACAUUACGUUGAAACAAUCCAAAAGUGCUGGAAUUUUAAAGGCGGGCGACCAAUCCUCGAAAGCUUCUAGCAAAUAUGACCUUCGCAAGAAACGCAAUUUUGACAUAGAGUUCCGAGAUCUGAAGUAUGUGGUGAAAGAUGGACACCAAAAAGGUACUAAGGAAAUACUGAAGGGCAUAUCUGGCCAGUUUAAAUGCGGAGAACUCACAGCCAUCAUGGGCCCAUCUGGCGCAGGGAAGAGCUCCCUAAUGAAUAUCCUGGCUGGAUACAGGGUCAGCGGCAUCGAGGGGGAAAUCCUGGUGCGCAAGAAGGAGCGAGACCUGCGCUCGUUCCGCAAGUACUCGUGCUACAUCAUGCAGGACGACCACCUGCUGCCCCAUCUGUCCGUGGAGGAGGCCAUGAUGUGCUCGGCCAACCUGAAACUGGAGGAGAAGAUGCCCAUGUCUGAGAAGGAAUACCUGGUGGAUGACAUACUUGAGACUCUGGGUCUCAUGGACCACAAGAAGACUCGGACCAGCAACCUGUCGGGCGGUCAGCGCAAACGCCUCUCCAUUGCCUUGGAGAUGGUCAACAAUCCACCUAUCAUGUUCUUCGAUGAACCAACCAGUGGUUUGGACAGCUCUUCCUGUUUCCAGUGUUUGUCACUGUUAAAGAGCCUGGCAGCAGGGGGUCGCACCAUCAUAUGUACCAUCCACCAGCCCAGUGCCAAGCUCUUCAUGAUGUUUGACCAUCUGUACAUGCUUGCCAAUGGGGAGUGUGUGUAUGGGGGCGGUAUCAAGCACCUGCUGCCGUACUUCAAGUCCCUGGGUAUGGAGUGCCCUGCCUAUCACAACCCUGCAGACUAUGUGAUGGAGGUAGCGUCGGGCGAGGCCGGAGAAGACAAAGUCAAACAGCUUGUGGCGUCCGUUAGGUCUGGCAACAUGGACAAGUUUGUGGCCAGUCAGGCACAGGCGUCUUCAAACAGGACUUCCAAGAGCAGCAUGUCUUCAAUAGCCGAGGCCCCAGAGAUUGAUGUAGAUCCCUCGGAGAACGAUCAUCUGCUUACAACCAGGAACGACACCACCUACGUACCUGGCGAACACUUCCUCUCCUGCAAUGAGAAAAGCUCCGAAAUUGCGUCGACUUCAUCAAGAGCUAGUACACCUAGUUCUGAUUCUGGCAACAAGAGUGGAUAUGAUUCUGAGUCUGAAUCGACACUCAGCGAGGACAUGAAGGGCGAAAAUGACUGCCACACGUUUAACACAUCCUCGUUUACACAGUUUAAGAUCCUCUUCUUCCGCACUUUCAUGUCCAUCAUGCGGGAUGCGACUCUGACCCGUCUUCGGUUGAUCGCCCACCUGAUCGUGGGCAUUCUGAUUGGCCUGCUGUACCUGGGCAUCGGUAACGAGGCGACCAAGGUGUUCAACAACGCCGGCUGCCUCUUCUUCACAGUCCUCUUCCUUAUGUUCUCCGCUCUCAUGCCCACUGUAAUGACAUUUCCAAUGGAGAUGACUGUGUGCAUAAGGGAGCAUCUGAACUACUGGUACAGUCUUAAGGCGUACUAUUUUGCCAAGACAAUGGCCGACCUCCCCUUCCAGAUCAUCUACCCCCUGAUCUACGGCAGCAUCGUGUACUUCAUGACAUCACAGCCGAGUGACCUGAUGAGAUUUGUGAUGUUCCUGACCCUGGCAACACAGACCUCUCUUGUGGCCCAGUCACUGGGGCUGCUAAUAGGGGCCGCUACAUCUCUUCAGGUUGCAGUGUUCUUGGGACCAAUAACAUCAAUACCUCUACUUCUGUUCAGCGGGUUCUUCGUGAACUUUGACACCAUACCAAUCUAUCUGCAGUGGAUAUCCUACAUGUCUUACAUAGGGUAUGCCUUCGAAGGUACACUCCAGGCAGUGUAUGGCUUCGACAGGGAGUCGUUAGACUGUGAGAAAGAUAUACGCAGUCCGGAAUGUCGCCACUUCGAUCCGGAAACCAUUUUGUCUGACCUUGAUGUUGAUAAAGCAAAGUUCUAUGUAGACUUCAUAGUUCUGUGCGCGUUCUUCGUUGUCCUCAGGGUCAGCUGUUAUUUUGUCUUGCGUUGGAGAGUUAAGGCCCAGAGAUGAACAAGUUUUGAUGGUUAAAUCGUAGAUAUAGACCUUUCCGGUUAAACAUAAUGAUGGAUAACUUUCUUUUUAUGGAAUCAUCAAGUGAUGAAGGCCUGAAUGACAAUAGCUUAAAUGGUUUCAGCAUCCUCCAAAAUGUUAAAGACUAGUCUUGGUGAAAUUAUAUUAAUAAUAAUUUCUUCUUAACGAGUUCCACGUUUCCAUAGAGAUUUAAGGUUGAGAGUUGAAUAUGGAAAAUGAAAUCCAGAUAUCUCCACAUUUUAAUGACCUGACCCGGUUGUAUUUAUCACCUUUCCGGUUUUCAAUCAUCAUCUGUCCGAGAUAUGAAGACCCAGGUGUGAUAUGGUCAAGGCGAUUGAUAAUUACUCUCUCUUUAAGGGACGAUUCUUUCGAUAGAAGUUUGGAGUCCAGAAAGAAAGGAUUGGGCUGUCUCCUUUAUUUAGGUAACUUGCAUAGGGCAAAAGAUGUUAGUUACUUCUCUUUCAAAGGAUUUAUUUAUAGGUGUGAAAGGUUGUUAUUUUACUGAGAAAAAUACAAUGUAUGGAUAGUAUUAAAUUAUAUUGUACAAGUUUUUUUACACGUGUACUUCUUCGACACUUACUUGAAGACAAUUUUUCACAAGAAAUAAUAUUUUUGUUUGAUGUCUGCACGGCAAUACAUGAUUUUCUUUAUUUUAGAGGUGGUCUUCAUUUAGUGGAGGGUUACUUGCGACAAUCAAUUAUGUGUAGUACACAUUGUUAUUAAAUCUUUUUAAAGGUUGAUAAAAAAAAUCUACAUGUUUUUUUUUUAUUAAUCUCAUUACAGCUAAUAAAAUGAAAUCAGCGCAAAGAUAUUUUUUGCAAUGAUAAGGACCUACAUGUAUGUACUCUGUACUAAGAAAUUUAAAGUAACACUAACCUUUUUGUGGGAAAUAAAUGACAUGUUUUUAAUGGUCAAUGCUCAUUAAAAACAAAUCCCAGGAAAGGUCAUGAUAUUUGUUAACAAUAAUACUGAUGUUUGGAACAUGUUUGUUACUUCUGUAAAUAUAUAUUGCACUGUGUUUGUAACUGUUCAAGUUAUAAGCAGGUUAAAUUAACAUGUUGACAAUUUUCAAACUUAUCUGCAACUUGAGGGUUUAGCAUGUAACUGGUGUAUCUUCUUCACAUUUUUAUAUAAGAUGCAACAGUUUUGCAUUUAACCCUCAAAUGAUUGGAGAUUUUGUUUCGGGUUGCCAAUUGCUGUUAAAAAAGUCAAGGUUUGCAUUUGAAACUGUAUUAUCUGAUUGUAAAAUGUUAUUUGAAGUUUACUUGCAUUAGGUAUUAUCUUCACACAAUAUUCUGAUGGUCUGCACUGAACACCUUAUGAUGCAAAACUAUGUUUUUUUUUAACCCAUUUAUGCCUAGUGGACUCUCCCAUCCUGCAAAAUUGGAUCAAUUAAUUAUGGAUGUCUAGUAUAUUUAUUUCUAUAUUUAGAAUAUUUCUUACAAAAAUUCCUUUAAGCAAACAGUGCAGACCCUGAUGAGACGCCGCAUCAUGCAGCGUCUCAUCUGGGUCUAUGCUUUUUGCAAAGGCCUUUUUUCUAGAUGCUAGGCAUAAAUGGGUUAAUCGCAAAACUAACCGAUUGAUGUAUGGACACUGCCAUGUAACCAACAAUUCAUUUUGUUAGAGUUCAAUUUUAUUGAAAUGGUAAUUUAAUGGAACAAGUGAUGUACAAAACCCUAACACAUGUUCUGAACCUGUUAAACGUCUUGUGGAAGAUUCAAUUGUUGUUUUCUUUCAAUUGUUGUUUUCUUUAUGUAUACUAAUUUUUAAUUUAUUAUAUUAAAUUUACUGAAUGCAGUUAAUGUUGAUAUGCACAGUUACUGAUAUUUAACCAGGUUUUCCGAAGGAAAAAACUGGUUAUUAGAUUGGCGAAUGCGGGCGGGCUGGCGGGCUGGCUGGAUGGCGGGCUGGCUGGCGGAAUAAGCUUGUCCGGGCCAUAACUAUGUCGUUCAUUGUCAGAUUUUAAAAUCAUUUGGCACAUUUGUUCACCAUCAUUGGACGGUGUGUCGCGCGAAAUAAUUACGUCGAUAUCUCCAAGGUCAAGGUCACACUUUGAGUUCAAAGGUCAAAAAUGGCCAUAAAUGAGCUUGUCCGAGCCAUAACUAUGUCGUUCAUCGUCAGAUUUUAAAAUCAUUUGGCACAUUUGUUCACCAUCAUUGGACGGUGUGUCGCGCGAAAUAAUUACGUCGAUAUCUCCAAGGUCAAGGUCACACUUUGAGUUCAAAGGUCAAAAAUGGCCAUAAAUGAGCUUGUCCUGGCCAUAACUAUGUCAUUCAUUGUGAGAUUUUAAAAUCAUUUGGCACAUUUGUUCACCAUCAUGGGACGGUGUGUCCCACGAAAGAAUCACGUCAAUAUCUCCAAUGUCAAGGUCGCCACGACUAAAAAUAGAUUUAAAAAAAAAAAAAAACUUACAAAGGGGGUUAAUUUUUUUUGGUCAUUUCAAAAGUUCAGUUUGAGUUUUCUCCCUUUAUCAGAUUUUUUUUUCACAAUGAAAACCUGGUUUUGUGACAAUUUUGUCCCUUGUUUAUAAAUGUUAUUACAUUUUUGUGUGAAUGCUUGAAUGUUAAAAUUGUUGCUAGUAAAUAUGGUAUUGUUUUUGUUUUGUUAUGGUCUUGACCAGUACAACAUAUGUGCUUUUUCUGCUGUGUUAAGCCUUUACCUAUGAGAUUCAUAUUUUGACCAAUUUGUAGUUUCUAAGAAAGUCAAAUUUAAUUAAAAACCUAGCAAGAUAUAUAUUUUAAAGAUAUAUAUUUUAAAGGCUUCAUUUCCAACCCUUAGAUACUGAUGAGCAGCAAACAAACAGCAUAAAACCUGAACAGACUGCGAGCUACUCACAGGCUGUUCUGGUUUUAUGCUCUUGCACAUAGCUACCCGGUAUUUUCACUUUGCUUCUGAGUGGGAUAGGGUUAAUUCGGCUUUACAUGUUUUAUAGUUCAUCAUUCAGCAAGAAUAUUACGCAUAUUUGUGUAUAUGAAUUAUUUAAAUCAUCAUUGUUAACAAACUGCAUACACCAUUUCAGAUUGUCAAUAAAGCAUUUCAAAAUUAA